AUGAAUUAUUAUUCUGAUUUAAUGAAAGUUAUAUAUUAUACAGUAGAAUGGGCACACAAUCCUUUCUCUCUGUUGAUUAGAGAUGCAACAUCUGCUAAAAGAUUUUGUGAGGAACAAGAGUGUCCAUCCAACUGGAAAGAUGCAAAUGGAGACAACUGCUGUGUUCACCAUGCCAAUAUUCACUCCUGUCCUCUGUCCUUCAUGGCCAAAGGAGGUAUAUGUGGACCUUGGAUACCAGACGAUGGCCAGAUAUUCACACAUACUAUAUCCACUGCUGGCAAAAUGACACAAACCAACUGGACAGCUAAGGUUGUCUUGGUUCAUGUUGGCGUAACUUCCCUAAUUGCUCAUAUCAGAGUUGGUAAAAUGCAGGUGGCUCUGGAGGCUAAAACCUUGGUCUUACCAGCAAUAGUGUGCGGCAAUGGUGUAUGUGAAGAAGAGGAAGUUUGCUCAACGUGCCCAGUUGACUGUGGCGAAUGUCUCUUCCAAUCUGAUAUUAGAAUGGCAAUUGCUGUACCUGUGGCACUGAUAAUUGCAGGAUUAAUUUUGGCAGCAGUGAAACGUUACAAUGUAUGGAAUAGACUUUGGAUUGACCAAAUGCCAGGAUUUAAGCAUUUUGUUUUUGUUUUUAGUGAUGGCAGAAUUGUGGCUAUUAAAAAAAUACAGAAGAAGACCUUUACCCUCUCCAAAACCAUUCGUAGGGAAGUAAAACAGAUAAGAGACCUUGACCACCCAAAUCUCUGUAAAUUUAUUGGAGGCUGCAUAGAAGUGCCCAAUGUUGCUCUCAUUACAGAAUAUUGCCCAAAGGGAAGCUUGAAUGAUGUGCUCCUUAGUGAAGAUAUACCUCUUAAUUGGGGCUUCAGGUUUUCCUUUGCUUAUGACAUUGCACAAGGCAUGGCUUACCUACACCAACACAGAAUGUACCAUUAUCGUCUCAAAUCUACCAAUUGUGUCAUUGAUGAUCGCUGGGUUUGUAAGAUUACAGAUUAUGGUCUGUAUACAUAUCGGAAAGCUGACACUAAUGUAUACCAAGAGCGUUUGGUGCAAGUUUACAUGCCUCCAGAAGAUGAAACAGUGUCUGGUCCAGAAAAAUCAGCAGCAGCAGACAUGUAUAGUUAUGCCAUUAUUUUACUUGAAAUCGCAACAAGAAAUGAUCCAGUUCCGAAGGAUGAAUCAGGUUCAGCAGAACAUUGCUGUUUACCAUUACCAGAGUUGAUAAAAGGGAAAUCAGACAAUGGUUGUCCUUGCCCUUCUGAGUAUGUAGAGCUGAUCAGGAGGUGCAGAAGCCAAAACCCUGUGCAAAGGCCUACAUUUGAGCAGGUGAAGAAACAACUGUACAAGAUGAAUCCUCACAAAGUCAGCCCUGUGGAUCUGAUGAUGACUCUGAUGGAAAAAUACAGUAAGCAUUUGGAACAACUGGUGGCAGAACGUACUCAGGACUUAAUGCAUGAAAAACAAAAGACAGACAGAUUAUUGUACAGCAUGCUACCAAAACAAGUUGCAGAUGACUUGAGACAGGGUAAGCCUUCACAAGCCCAGAGUUAUGCCAGUGCAACCAUAUUUUUCAGUGAUAUUGUUGGAUUUACCCACUUAUCUAGUAGCAGCACUCCUUAUCAAGUGGUUGAUUUCCUUAACAAGCUGUAUACCACCUUUGAUGAUAUUAUUGACAACUACGAUGUAUAUAAAGUGGAGACAAUUGGUGAUGCCUAUAUGGUUGUUUCUGGAGUUCCCAAGGAGAAUGGCAUCCGACAUGUCAGCGAAAUUGCCAGUAUGGCUUUAGAUCUAGUUUCUGUGUGUAAGACUUUCCGAAUUCCACACAAGCCAAACACACAGCUAAAGAUACGGGCCGGAAUUCACUCAGGCUCAGUUGUAGCAGGAGUUGUUGGUACAAAAAUGCCCAGGUACUGUUUAUUUGGCGAUACAGUGAACACCGCAUCACGAAUGGAAUCAACAAGUGAAGCCCUGAAAAUACAGUGCAGUUCUAGCACUCACGACCUACUAAAACAGAUUGGAGGUUAUAUACUUGUGUGCCGGGGGACAUUACAAGUCAAGGGGAAAGGAGAUAUGACAACCUACUGGCUGGAAGGCAAGAAAAACACCCCAAGAAAGAAUGUUAUUCCGAAUAUUUCAGCAGUCCUACAAGAAAACGAGAGAGAGGCGUUGAACUUGAUACCUGGUGUUUUAUCCAGUGAGGCAUUGUUAACUUAAUUUUGAUUGUAACAGACUGUGCCAAAUGAAAAUUCAUGUACUCUUUCUUGCAUAUUACACUAUGUAAUGUAACAGGAUAAUGCCCAAGGCACUUUACAGUAUCUGAGUGAAAUGAUCUGGAAUAUGUGCUUGUUAGCGGCACUGGAGAAAACAAGAACUGUUGCUGGCAAUUGGAAGGAGCUAUGCUAAAAACUGACACACUGGGACUUUAACAAAUCAUUAUUGUCAUUUGGUAUUUUAGAAGACAAUUGUGUGUUAUGUAUAACUUCUUUGAUGUAUUUAGUACUAAAACAAUGAUGAGUUAUUUUUAUACAAAUGUGGGAGAAUUUUCAUGGUCCGUUCACAUUAAUGAGUAAACAUUUAAAAAUGUGGAUGUCAAGUUAUGCAAAGUUAUGGCAGUAUAAGCCACAACCUUAAGGUUUAUUCAUCUGUAUGUUUUGCAAUGUAAUGAUGCUAUAGUUGCAAUGCAAUGGCGGGUUUCCUUGUAAGUAAAACAGCAGCACUAUAAUUAGCAAUGAACAGACAAAUUUCAAACAAAAUCUGCAGAGUGAACAAUGCCUUAAAUCAGGGGUACUACUAUCAUUGGUGGUCUCCUUUUAGAUCUUCUACCUCAAAUGUUACACUGUCAUAGACAAUGUCAAUUCACUGCAUUACACUGACAGAAAGCAGCUAGGAUUGCAUUUAACCCUUUCACUGCCAGUCAAAUUAACCACCAUUUGCACACACUGCCUGGCGAGUUUUUGGGGAACUUUUUGUAAAUCUAGGGAAGCUAGAUAUUGUAUUCUAAAGCUUCUAUAUCUGGCUGACUUUUUGUUUAAUUCUACUUAUCAAUUCAGCUGUAGUAACUAAUCCGCAGAGAGCAUUUACUGAUCACUGGUUUAAAAGGAAACAGCUGCUAUGAGUUACUGGACCUGGGCAGCUUUUGUGCUUUUCAUUACACAUGGAGUAAAUGCUUAAAAAAUUAACAAUUUGCCUGUUUUUGUGACAUUUUGUGAACAUUCUAUGUACAAUUAUGACAUAUACUUUAGCCACUGAAAGAACAACAUACUUCCUACUUCUACUACUCCAAACAACCAAUCUACAAAGCUUUGCUUCAUUUAAUACAAAAGAGAAAAGAAGAGACAAAUUCCCCAAUUAGUUAUGUAUUACCCAAAUUAUAGUACAAAAAGCAAUGUUUAUUAUGAAUUAAUUAGCCAAAAAAUGCUAAAAUAUUCUGCGCCAAAACAAAGCAAUCUGUUAUGGAGGGGCCCUCCAUUCUUAAAUCAAUUAAUACAACAACAAUUCAGUGACAAUAAACUACUGGAUAAAUUCUGUAACUUAUUGCUUAUAAAAGUUUAUAUUUCAAAUAACUCAAUAAACAUUUCCACAAGUUAGGGCAAUUUUAAGGGGUCUGGUCAGACCACUUGAAAAAUCUGCACAAUGUUAUCAACUUUUUAUAUCCAAUUGGAAGUGCCAAGAAAACACAUCAGAUAGGGUUAAAAACUGUCUCACUUUAAAUGAAAAGCCAUGUAAUUAUAGUUACCAACUCUGGAAUGUUGCCAGCAUCACCCCAAGACAGACAGUCUUUGUAGAAAGCAAUUCACUUAUAAUUCAAACUUAUCUCUAUCAGGCAUGGCUCACUUCUUGGCACUUGAAUUACAGCUUGUGGAGGAAAGAGGGAGCCCAGCUCUCAGAGGUUAUUGCUGUUCAACCUCAACAAAAAUGUACGGUGCAUUGAGAGUGGUAACUCAUCUAGUUUGGAACAAACAUUCAAUGGGGAAUUGUAAUGGCAAUAAAAUUGCUAAAAUAUUCUCUAAAACCACUUAUAUAAAUAGGCAGCAUGAUUAGUGCUCUCACUAAUUACACAGAAGAGUCAUCCAAUGGAACUGUAUGUUAACAAUGUAAGGUUGCUGUAAUCCACAAGUUAAAAAAAACUACUGGUAGAUCAAGAUCUAUCUUUGGGCACCCUGCCUUAAAUGUUAUUUGCGGCCUAUAUUUGUGGUUAUUUAGGGGCAUAUUUAAAAAGAUGUGUAAAAUAUUUAAUGUGAAAUUAAAGAACUGUAAAAUGUAGUAGAAAAUAAAUGGUCCAUUUAUAAUGUUUUGUUGUUGUCCUUAUGUCUGGACUAACGACUGCGUUGCAGCCAUUACAAAGGGCCUGAUUAUAAUGAAUACUGAAUAGCAAAUAAAUGAAUAAAAUAUAGCCUUAUUAGGUGCAAGUAUGGAGAAUGCAGUUAAUUAGUUUAAUAUAGUGUUCAGUCUUCCUUGAUAAGCACCAGAGACUGAAUGCAAUACAUGCAAACAUGCCCCACAGACACCCCCACAUGAUACAAAGUAACCCAAGCAAUACGUUACUUUACAUACCACUAUGACUUAUUACUAUUGCUAAGAACCUAGAACAUAAAGACAUGGAAAUGAACUAAUGCAGAAAUGGAAAGAUAAAGAGAUCAUCAAUGCUAUACAGCCCUGCCCAUCAGAUUA